UCCUAUCCUGUACACAAGCACACGUUGAUACAGCCGAUAUGCAGAUAUGACAUUUACAAUAUUUACAUUAAGCAUAUUAUUUAUUUACAAACAGAAGCUACUUGUUGCCAAAGUGUUGUUAUACAUGCGCGGUUAUCAUGGACUUACGCAGGGAGUGUUUCUUACUUUUUGUACUGGUGUCGGUCAGUCGCUGGCGGGAUGUUACAUCCGGUGGCACGGUCGAGGUCGGUCUUCUUAAGUACCGGUAUGAAUCCGACAAAGACUGCGACAAUUUCUUUGGUGGCUACAAGUGCGACCCUUACUUCAAAGUGUGCCUGCAGUGGCGAAACCACAGCUGCUCAUUAAACCAAGUUAAGACAUCGUCAGUGGACAACGAGAACGAGCUGGUUGAUAUUCUAAACAGCACAAACAUCAGCCCCAACCCUAUUCCGUUCCAUAUUCCUCGAAUUCAGUACCCAAUCAGCGUGCGUGUAGAGGUGUGGAACAAGAACCUAUUAAAUGACCACUUCAUCGACAACGUGGAUUUCACCUUUCCUAAAUAUAGCGACACGCGCCGUCACACUGAGCAUAUCCGGGGCGUCAACCAGCAGGCCAGUGUUGAUAUAUACAUAGAUAUCUCGUGCGACUAUAAUUUCUAUGGCAUCGAUUGUGGUACUCACUGUGUUGCACCUCCACACGGCUCAUGCAACUCCGACGGAAAUGUUAUAUGCAACACCGGUUACACAGGUCAACUAUGCAAUGAAAUUGUACCCUCAAGUACACAAAGCCAUACUAUUUUUUCUGUCCAAACAACAAAUACACACACAACAUCAAGGCCAACAACUAUGAUACCCACGACAAUAUGGUCAACAACAACGAAACCAACAACAGUAAGGUCAACAACAAUAACACACACAACAGUAAGGUCAACAACAACGAAACUCACAACAGUAAGGUCAACAACAAUGACACCCACACCAGUAAGGUCAACAACAACGAGACCCACAACAGUAAGGUCAACAACAACGAGACCCACAACAGUAAGGUCAACAACAACGAGACCCACCACAGUAAGGUCAUUAACAACGAAACCCACAACAGUAAGGUCAACAACAACGAGACCCACAACAGUAAGGUCAACAACAACGAGACUCACAACAAUAAGGUCAACAACAAUGAGACCCACAACAGUAAGGUCAACAACAAUGACACCCACAACAGUAAGGUCAACAACGAAACCCACACCAGUAUGGUCAACAACAACGAGACCCACCACAGUAAGGUCAACAACAACGAGACUCACAACAAUAAGGUCAACAACAAUGAGACCCACAACAGUAAGGUCAACAACAAUGACACCCACAACAGUAAGGUCAACAACAACGAGACCCACAACAGUAAGGUCAACAACAAUGACACCCAUAACAGUUAGGUCAACAACAAUGACACCCACAACAGUAAGGUCAACAACAACGAAACCUACAACAGUAAGGUCAACAACAACGAAACCCACAACAUUAAGUACAACAACAAUGCAACACACCACAUUGAAACCAACAACUAUGAGACCCACAACAGUAAGGUCAACAACAAUCAAACCCACAACAAAACGAUCAACAACAUUGAAACCCUCCACAGUGCGGUCAACAUCAAUGAAACCCACGACAAUAAAGCCAACAACUAUGAAAUCCACAACAGUACGAUCAACAACACUGAAACCCACGACAGUAAGACAAACAACAAUGAAACUCACAACAGAAAGGCCAACAACAAUGAAAUUAACAACAUAUAGUUCAACAAAAAUGCAACACACAACAUUGAAACCAACAACAAUAAAACCCACAACAGUACGGUCUACAACAAUGAAACCCACAACAAAACGUCAAACAACAUUGAAACCCUCAACAAUACGGUCAACAUCAAUGAAACCCACAACAUUUAGUACAAAAACAAUGCACCCCACAUCAAAAAAGCCAACAACAAUUAAACCUACAACAUUUACUACAACAACAAUGCAACACACAACAUUGAGACCAACAUCAAUGAAACGCUCAACAUUUAUACAAACAUCAAUGAAAAGCACAACAUUAAAGCAACCACAAAUUCAAAACACAACAGUGACCCCAACAACAAUGAGAAACUCAACUGAAACACCCAUGAUAUACUCAACUGGAACACGAAUCUCAACACAAAACAUAACCAUAACACCAACAACAAUUAAACAUCCAACAGUGUCACCUACAACUGUGCAUACAGCAGCAAUAAAAUAUUCCACCGUAAAGACGACAGCAAUAAAUCAAACAAAUUUAACUUCAAAGAAACAUUCAACUCCACUUCCAACAACAAUAACGCACACAAAAACUAACAUACAAACAUCAACAAUGAAAAAUACAACGGUAACAACAACAACAGAAGCAACAACAAUGAAUCACACAACUAUAGCACCGACUUCAAUGAAACUCACAACAGUGGCAACGACACCACUGGAAAACACAACUGUAGCAUCUAUGACAACAAUUAACCAAACAACUAAAAGCACAAACACAUCGAUAUACCCCUCAACCAGACAAACUUCAACAAUACAUACCACUACUUCAAAACCGAAAACAACAGUAAAAGCAAAAACAUUUAAAAAUCCAUCAACAACAACCUCAACGCUAAAUCAUUCAACACUCAACCAGACAACGGCGGAGUCAAAGGUCAACAUUACAACGCCAAAACAAACAGUCUCACAUUCCAUGACGUCGCUUUCAGUCAACCACACAAUGGCAAAACCAGAAUACCAAACAACGGAAAACCCAAUAGCUGGCAACACAACGGCAAAUCCAAGAACCGAAAAAACAUCACAAACACGAAUAUCUAACAGCACAGUUGCAAACCCAAAAGCUAACCACACAACAGUUAAUCGAAUAGCCAACAACACAACGGCAAAUCCAAUAGCUAACCACACAACGACAAUAACAAUAGCCAACCACACAGCGGCAAAAACAGCAACCAACCAUACAACUGCAAGCUCAACGCGUAUUACCUCAACAGCAAAUCCUGCAGCUACUCAAACAGUUGGUCCACCACACACACGCGUUCACACUUCCCGUUUAUCUACGUAUAUUACAAAGCAACACGGCAGAAGCAAAGAUGCACAACAAACGGAUGAUUCGCCUAAGCCGAAUAAUUACGUGGGAGUGGCAUUGGGUGUUACCGCCGGUGUGUUGCUGAUUGUUCUGAUGGUGGGGGUUGCUGUGUUCCUAAAUAGAAGAAAGCGACCGCUAGAGAUAGACCCAUGGAACGACCUUGAGACUGUCGCUUCCGAAGACCAUGAACCCAUCACCGGCAGCCUGCAAUUAAAGUUGGAUGACAUGUACCAGCCGAACAACCGCGGCUUCAACAACCCCGCGUACGGGAGUACCAUGGGCGAGUCACAGUCAUAGUGCCUUCAACAGAUCUGGUUACUUAGUGAUGUGUGCGUGCUCGAUGUGUAUAUAUACGAGUGACUGUGCUACGAUCGUGUACGAUAACAAUCGAUAAAUGUACAGCGUCUGUAGAGACGACAAGUCAGAUCGACAGCUGGUGCAUAUGCAUUUCUUACAUAGCAUUCAAACUUAUUGCUGUCCGUUAUCAUAAAACAAUCGCAAUUUUAUUCUUUAAAGGAAAUUUUUACGGGUAACGAAAAUGAUAAUUUUCAUGUUUGUGAAAAUAGAUUGAAAAGUCAGUAUAUAUUGUAGAACAAAUGACUCAUUACUUUGAAACUUAAUAGAAGUAUCGGUCCAUCUGGGUAUGAUCAUAAAUUUAAUAAAUGCAUGUUAAAGCUUUUGUAAUGCUUUUCAUCGAACAUUUCCCAAGUUAUGUGUUUCAUUGCAAUAGUGUACUAAAAUAAUAAAGUGGUCAGCGCGUUUGGAUUUUGUCCUCAAAGUUCCCGGGCUCGAAUCCACACAAGGACAAAUAAAUAGUAUGUGAACAAGUCCAUUUACAUUUUGUUGAGGUAAUGGAAACAAUAAGCAUUUCAAAUCCAUGAACAUUUGUCGACACGUGAACUAUGAGGACUUACAGUAUCUGUGACAGGCUCUGUGUUUUAGUAAUUAUAUACGCACUUGAGAUGUUGGUUGCAAAUAUUGUUCUUGUAGAUUUCACUUGGGUAAAUUUGAUUAAAAUAUAGACUUGAAGAUUGGUCGAUAUAGAUCCCAAAGUAUCUUACUCACGUCUUGUUAUAUACUUGUAUCACCUUCAUCCAGUGCUGUAAACAAUACCAAGCUGGACUGAUUCUAUCAGAUUUUCGUGCUUCUUAUUUAAGUGAAUUUUUGAAACUGCGGUCACUCUCGCGAUAGGUGAAUAUGGAAUUCGAUUGUAGAAUAUAAGUUGAAACGUCUAUGUUAAUUUUAUAAUCCUCAAACAUUUGUCAAAUAUUUUUUUCUCAAUGUCUUUCUCAACGAUCACCAAAUAUAAAUUCAAACGAA